UUGUAAUUCCAACGGCGCCUCCCCACGUUGCCGCUGUUCAAGGCCGCCAGUGGUGUUUGCCCAUAGUCUAGAUUGGACGGGGUCCAAGUGUCGCUGCGCUUUGGAGGCUGUUGUUUCGGGCCUCACAUCGCCCGUGUUUGAGAUGCUUCCGUCUUGCCGAUGACAAGGAGCGUAGUGCGUUUGACAUGUUUCGUAGCAAGAGCGCGACCUCGUACAAAUAACGUCCGUCUGCCCUCCUUUCGUGAUUGUCUCUUUUUUCCUUCUUCAUUCCUUUCAAGCAUCCUUCACUCACUCCUCGUGUUACUUUCUUUCGGUUCUAUCUUCUUGACUCUUGUCGCCGGUCGACUUUCAAUCGCUUCUUUCUUUUUCUCAAUCCUUUUCUCUUUUUUCGAUAAAAAGCAUAUUUCCAUCAUUCAAAAUGCAGUUCUCUAUCAUGACCGUUUUUGCCCUGGCCGCCGUUGCCGUUGCCGCCGCCCCCGCAGGCAUUGCUAAGCGUGAUGUUGUUAGCAACAACAUCCCUGCCAACAUCCCUGCUAUGACAGACGCCAAUGGCAACGUGCUUCCCUUCAAGGCCCAGGACGUCUACGUCGCUCCCUCCAACUAAAGGGCUUGGGCAUCAUGCAACAACAUCAAACGAAUCAUUUAAGGGUUGGGAUACAGUUAGGGUGCAUUGGUAAUAUGCGUAUAUCGCUUUGUUUAGGAAAAGGAAGGGGAAUGUGCAAGGAGAGCCAACGAAUGUACACUUGGGGGGAGUGAAUAGUUAUUCUUAGGGUGUGAACAAUAUUUCAAUACAGCGGCGC